AUGCAAAUCAAAGAUGAAGAAGCACUGACAUUCUCUGAUAAGUUAAAAGGAGAUCCCAACAAAAGGCCAAGGGACAAGUAUUGUCGCUUUCACCGAGACCAUGGGCACGACACAGCCAAUUGCUACGACCUGAAGCAGCAGAUUGAGGCCCUUAUCAGACAAAGGAAGCUACAGAGAUUCGUCAGCAGGGAAAGAACCAAUCCGCUAGAGGAACAGGCCCCACAACGGGAGAACGAGUGCCCCAAACCACUUAUAGGGGACAUAAGGAUGAUCGUGGGGGGCACAACCGCGGCCGGAUCUUCCAGAAAGGCCCGCAAAACCUACCUCAGAAUGGUCCAUAGCAUCCAACUCACAGGAUCCGUGCCCAAGAUGCCGCAAAUAGAUAACCCUAUCAUAGGAUUUUUAGAGUAUGACGCUCGGAGACUUCACCAUCCUCAUGACGACGCACUUGUGGUCAGCUUGUAA